AUGGUUAGAAAACCUCUUAUUUUGUAUUUGACUGUGAACAAGAAUUCUAUGGGAUGUGUAUUGAGACAACAUGAUGAAACGGGGAAGAAAGAACGGGCCGUAUAUUACUUGAGCAAGAAAUUCACGAAGUAUGAGUCCAAAUAUUCUGCGAUCGAAAAGAUGUGUUGUGCGCUAGCAUGGACUGUCCAGAGGCUCCGACAGUAUAUGUUGUAUCACACAACAUGGUUUGUGACGAAAUUAGAUCCCAUCAAGUAUAUUUUUGAAAAACCCUACCUGUUUGGAAGAAUAGCUCGAUGGCAAGUGCUAUUGUCUGAGUAUGAUAUUGUGUAUGUAUCCCAAAAAUCAAUCAAAGGGAGCGCCAUCGCCGAUUUCCUUGCAGAUCGAGCUAAUGAGGAUUAUGAAUCUAUAAGUUUCGAUUUUCCAGAUGAAGAUUUGAUGGUCGUCUUGCACAUAGAAAAUGAUGAUUCCAAUGAACUUAAUCUAUGGAAGAUGUAUUUUAAUGGAGCAUCCAAUACUUUGGGGCACGGAAUUGGGGCAGUGUUGAUUUCUCCAAAUGGAAAGUAUUAUCCAGCCACAACGAGAUUAAAUUUCAAUUGUACUAAUAAUAUGGCGGAGUAUGAAGUGUUGGUAAUGGGAUUACAAGCAGCAAUCGAGAUGAAGGCUGACAUGAUAGAUGUUUACGAAGAUUCGGCUUUGGUGAUAUGUCAAAUGAGAGAAUUAAGCAAACAGUUCAAAGAAAUCAGCUUCAACCAUUUGCCUCGAGAAGAGAAUCAGAUUGCUGAUGCUUUGGCCACCCUCGCAGCGAUGUUCAAAAUAAAAGAAGCGACUGAUGUACGCCCUUUUGAUUUAGAAGUCCGUGAAGUCUCUGUACACUGCUUGAAUGUUGAGGAAGAGGUUGAUGGUAAGCCGUGGUAUCAUGAUAUCAUGCCAUACAUCCAGCACCAGGCAUAUCCUGAGAAUGUCACGGACAAUGACAAGCGAACUCUUAGAAGAUUAGCAAUGGGUUUCUUCCUUAGCGGAGAAGUGCUCUACAAAAGGAGUCCAGAUCAAGUACUCUUGAGAUGUGUGGAUAUUACGGAAGACAACAAAAUAAUGAAAGAAGUCCACGAAGGAACUUGUGGAGCUCAUGCUAAUGGACAUAUGUUGGCUAGACAAAUUAUGAGAGCUGGUUAUUAUUGGUUGACAUUGGAAUUAGACUGCAUAAACUUUGCUCGAAAAUGCCACAAGUGUCAAGUUUACGCUGAUAGAAUCCAUGCUCCACCAGCCCCAUUGCACAUUUUCAUAGCACAUUGA